AUAUAUUAAAAAAAACGAAAAAAAAAGAAAGAAAAGGGGGAUGUUAUGGUUUUCGAUCUCUCUCUUUCUCUCUCCUCCUCCGUAGGUGUCUGAUCUCACUCUAACAUUCCAAUCAUUCGACAUUUGUUAAGCAAGUUUGCUCGAAUUGCAUCAAAAGAUGUCAGUUCCUCGAUCAAUGGACAAGUCAAGUGCUCUUGAAUACAUUAACCAGAUGUUUCCUACAGAGGCGUCCUUAUCUGGUGUUGAGCCUCUUAUGCAAAAGAUUCAUGGUGAGAUCCGUCGGGUGGAUGCUUCCAUACUGGGAGCUGUUCGGCAGCAGAGUAAUUCAGGUACCAAGGCCAAAGAAGAUCUUGCUGCUGCUACGGGUGCAGUGGAGGAACUCAUGUACAAGAUACGAGAGAUAAAGAAUAAGGCUGAGCAAAGUGAGACAAUGGUUCAAGAAAUUUGUCGUGACAUAAAGAAGCUUGAUUUUGCAAAGAAGCACAUUACAACUACUAUUACCGCCCUUCAUCGUCUUACCAUGUUAGUAUCUGCUGUUGAGCAACUUCAAGUGAUGGCUUCAAAGAGGCAAUAUAAGGAGGCAGCUGCUCAAUUGGAGGCAGUAAAUCAGUUAUGCAGUCAUUUUGAAGCCUACAGGGAUGUCCCUAAAAUAACUGAAUUGCGAGAGAAGUUCAAGAAUAUUAAACAAAUCUUGAAGUCUCAUGUAUUUUCUGACUUCUCAAGCCUGGGUACUGGGAAAGAGACAGAAGAAACUAUCUUGCUGCAGCAGCUAUCAGAUGCUUGUUUGGUGGUUGAUGCAUUGGAACCCUCUGUGCGAGAAGAAUUGGUCAAAAUAUUCUGCAACAGGGAACUUACUUCCUAUAGACAAAUUUUUGAAGGAGCUGAACUUGCCAAGUUGGAUAAAACAGAAAGAAGAUAUGCUUGGAUCAAGCGUCGGUUGAGAACGAAUGAGGAAAUAUGGAAAAUUUUCCCUUCUUCAUGGCAUGUCCCUUAUUUACUAUGCAUCCAAUUUUGCAAGCUCACUAGAACACAACUUGAGGAAAUACUUGAUAACCUGAAGGAGAAACCAGAUGUGGGGACACUGCUGCUGGCGCUUCAGCGAACUUUGGAGUUUGAAGAAGAACUAGCAGAGAAGUUUGGAGGAAGUUCACCAGCUAAAGAGGUCAAUCAUGAUGCUGAUAACACAGAAAAAGGGCCCAAUUUCAGUCAAGCUGUAUCAGAUAUCAAAAAGAAAUAUGAAAAAAAGCUCGCUGCAAAUCAAGGCAGUGGAACUGAUGAAACAGAGAGUCUAAAAGAUUUUGCUGUUCCUGGAGCUGGGUUCAAUUUCCGCGGAAUCAUCUCAUCUUGCUUUGAACCUCACCUAAAUGUGUAUGUAGAGUUGGAAGAGAAAACACUAAUGGAGCAUCUGGAGAAACUUGUUCAGGAGGAAACUUGGGAUGCAGAAGAAGGAAGUCAGACUAAUAUCUUAUCCAGUAGCAUGCAGGUCUUUCUGAUAAUCAGACGAAGCUUAAAGCGAUGCAGUGCAUUGACAAAGAACCAGACAUUAUAUAAUUUGUUUAAGGUGUUUCAAAAAAUUCUUAAAGCAUAUGCAACAAAGUUGUUUGCCAGACUGCCCAAGGGUGGAACAGGAAUUGUGGCUGCAGCCACUGGAACUGAUGGACAGAUUAAGACAUCUGAAAAAGAUGAAAGAAUGAUCUGCUAUAUCGUGAACACAGCUGAAUACUGUCAUAAAACGUCUGGUGAAUUGGCUGAAAAUAUAGCCAAGGUAAUUGAAUCUGUAUUUGCAGAGAGAGUUGAUAUGUCAGACGUACAGGACGAGUAUUCAGCAGUAAUAACAAAAUCACUGAUAACACUGGUGCAAGGUUUGGAAACUAAAUUUGAUGCUGAAAUGGCUGCUAUGACACGUGUUUCCUGGGCGACUCUUGAAAGUGUUGGCGACCAAUCAGAGUAUGCCAAUGGAAUAAAUACGAUAGUUACAAGUAGUAUUCCUGUACUUGGGACUCUUUUGUCACCCAUUUACUUCCAGUUUUUCUUAGACAAGCUUGCUUCUUCACUUGGUCCCCGUUUCUAUCAGAACAUUUUCAAAUGCAAGCAGAUAUCAGAAACUGGAGCCCAGCAGAUGCUCUUGGAUACUCAAGCUGUGAAAACAAUUCUUUUGGAGGUUCCUUCCCUUGCUAAACAAACAUCUGGUGCUGCUAAUUACUCCAAAUAUGUUAGCCGUGAGAUGAGCAAAGCCGAGGCACUUUUGAAGGUUAUAUUGUCUCCUUUAGAUUCCGUAGCAGAUACGUAUCGUGCUCUAUUACCUGAAGGAACUACAUCAGAGUUUCAGCGAAUUCUGGAGCUCAAGGGUCUCAAAAAAGCAGACCAGCAAACCAUCCUAGAUGACUUCAACAAACAUGGUUCAAGCAUCAAACAUCCAUCAAUGUCACCUGCUGUAGCGAUUGCCCCUACUCCGCUUGCACCACCAGCUCUAAGCAGUCCUGCUUCAUCAGCUAUCACUGCUUCUCGAGAGGAUGUGCUUGCACGAGCUGCUGCCUUGGGUCGAGGAGCAGCCACUACAGGUUUCAAGAGAUUCCUUGCACUAACUGAAGCAGCCAAGGACAGAAAAGAUGGACCUUUUAGAAAACUCUUUAACCCGUGAGGAUUUUAUUACUGGUUUUGCUCAAGGAAUCAUAUGCCCUAAGGCUCUUGCAUAUCCACCCUUUCUGUCGUAUAUCUUCUUAUUGUCUCCCGUCACUUCCCCUUUCUUCAUUGGAGGAAAGCAGAGAGCCAGAAACUAUAUUGCAUUUGAGAGGAGUAUUUAUAAUGUAUAUGCAUAGCUGUUUUUUUUACUCCGUGUUGUAGUCCAAUUUUGUCAGAUGUUAUUCCAGCUGGUUCGUGUUUGAUUACUAUGUAUGUAAUCUUGUUGAAUGUGUAUUAAAGGUGACUAGUUUGAUCAAAGCUUAUUUUUUCAUCUA